AUGUCUAUCAGUCCAGCCAGUCAUGGCAAGGUCCGGUCGGAAAGCGGAGACUCCGAGAUACCCCGGAAUGUUUGUGGAGGAGAGUCUCGGUUAUUUUGGGAUGAUCAGUUGGAUGGUCUACGACUCCUAGGGCUCUACUGUGCUCAAACAUCACAGAAUAUGGGGAACUACACUAGCGCCGUAGCCUCUGAUGAUGGUACAACCGAUGAGAUGAAGCAGUAUCUUAGCGAACUGCCAUCCAAAAACCUUGAGCCUCUAUGGUCACAAAUGAGCAUGAUGGUGCCGCCAUCACCAAACCCUACAGCAAAGCCUCACAUGUGGACAUACAAAGAAGCCUUGCCUCAUCUCGAAACCGCCGCCAAAUUAGUUCCCGAGGAAAAGGCUGAGAGAAGGGUUUUGAUGCUAGUCAAUCCUAGCAUGCAAUCACCAUAUACAACAGACACCAUAUAUGGCGGUCUUCAAAUCGUUAAACCUGGUGAGACUGCACCAGCGCACAGACAUCUUGCCUUUGCGGCUCGCUUCAUCAUUGAUGGCGAGGGCUUCACAGCGGUUGAGGGGAAGAAGAUGCCUCUUGUCCGUGGUGAUGUUGUGAUCACACCUAUUUGGCACUGGCACGAUCACGGGAACGAGAGCGACAAGCCUGUCAUCUGGUUAGACAUGCUGAAUCUGCCUUUGUUCCGCUUUGCUCCCGUUCAUUUUGCACAGGGUUACUCUGACCCGCGCUACCCAAGCGAGUUAUCCGAUGGAAAGCCACUGUCGACUUUCCUCGGCGUACAAGCUGAGAGGUUAGGUCCAGGUUCGACAUUUGAAUCCCAGGAGAGUCAGUCGUACCUAUAUCAUUGCUAUGAAGGGAAUGGUCGCACAGAGCUUGUAACUCCAACGGGCGAGACCAUGACCUUCCAGUGGCAAGCGCGCGAUACUUUCGCAGUGCCUUCGUGGUGCAAGGUUAAGCAUGUGAAUGAGUCUGCAACAGAGCAAGCAUAUCUGAUCGGGUGUCAUGAUGGACCAUUUCUUGAGUGUCUUGGUAUUCAACGAAGGAAGGAAUGA